GGGAGCGCGCAGGCGGCAGCCGAGCUCCGCGGGAGCGGCGCAGAUCGCAGGCCGCCCCCGUCGCUCGCCGAGCUCCUCCCCGCCCCGGGCUGACCGAGUGGCUGCGGCGGCGGCGCCAUGAGUCGCUUCAGGGCGUCCAAGUACAAGAACGCGGUGCCGCGGCUGCCGGCCCGAGGGGACUGGAUCAGUAACAUUAGAACAGGGUCUGCUGUCUCCUAUGGAAACCACAUUAAAUCGAGCUGUGCCUUCAUUGCUUUCAACGCAAACAGCCCAGGAGGUGGGACUCUUGGAAUUUUGUCGCUGGAAAAUGGAUCCCGGGAUAAGCAGCAGGUGUCAGAACUUCCUUGUCACGCAGAUCUGGUGACCGAUUUUGAUUUCUCUCCAUUUGACGACGCGUUGCUAGCAACAUGUUCGGCCGAUACGACGGUGAAGCUGUGGCGGAUACCGGAGUCUGUAGAGCAGAUCUCGGGCACGCAGAACGUCACACUGGGACCAGAGGCCACGCGGGUGGAGUGCGUGCUCUUUCACCCUUCUGCAGAUGCGGUGUUAGCAAGUGGAGCAGGAAAUGUGGCCAAAGUGUGGGACCUGACUCAGCAGAAAGCCUUGGCAGCUCUCGAAGACCAUGGCGACCAGAUCCAGAGCCUGACGUGGAAGGGAGAUGGCUGCCUCCUGGGCUCCUCCUGUAAGGAUAAGAUGCUGCGAGUUUUCGACCCGAGGGCCAAGUCUUCAGCUGUGCAGUCUGUUAAAGGCCACGACGCCAUCAAGGAUUCCCGUCUGAUCUGGCUGAGUGCACUGGAUACCGUCUUGUCGACUGGGUUUAGCCAGGUGCGUGAGCGACAAGUGAGGCUGUGGGACGUACGGCGGUUCACCACGCCUCUCAGCACCUUGACCAUUGACACUGCCCAGGGCUCACUGAUCCCGCUGUACGAUGCCGACUCCGGGCUGCUGAUCCUGGCCGGAAAGGGUGACAAUGUUCUGCGAUGUUUCGAAGUGUCCACUGCGGACGCCACGUUAACACAAGUGAGCCAGUGCCUGACAGAGGUGAAGUCGAGAGGUGUGGCGGCAGUGCCCAAACUCGCGCUGGACGUGAUGUCGUGUGAAGUGAUUCGCCUGCUGCAGUUGACUGACAAUUCCAUCGUGCCAAUCAGUUACAACGUGCCACGCAAGUCUCUGCAGGAAUUCCAUACUGAUCUAUUCCCAGACACUCUGGGUAAAGUUCCCUCAAUGUCUGCACUGGACUGGUUCAACGGAUCUGAUGAACAGGUGCCGAGGGUUUGUUUGGAGCCAGGCAGACGCAGAAAGCAGCACUUCACCUCCAGCGCAGUGCCCUCCCCGCAGGAGUCGGAGACACCGCUGAAGGAACAAACUCCCAAGGGAGAGAAAGAAACGGAGGAAGGGUCCUGGGGAGCAGGAAACCCAUUCCAGGUUCACAGUGGACAGAUGUCAUCGUCAAGUUCCAAUGGCUCAUUGACCUCGCCGUCCGUCACCUCCCUGAGCAGCAGCAGCACAAAGUCCAGUGACUUGGUCACAACCCCUCAGAGCCAGAAGUCUCUGCACAGCUUCCUGGGUCCCAACUCGAAGUUCAAACACAUACAGGGUACGGUGUCACAUCGGGACACACACAUCACCAACCUGAAAGGAUUGAACUUGACCACACCAGGAGAGUCUGACGGUUUCUGUGUGAAUCGUGAACGAGCUGCAGUUCCGUUGUUGGUGACAGGAGGACAGGUCGCUGUGCUGGAGCUGUCCAAGCCUGGCCGGUUACCGGACACCUCCCUGCCCACCAUCCAGAACGGUGGAGCUGUUGUGGACCUCUGCUGGGAUCCCUUUGAUUGCCAUCGUCUCGCAGUUGCUGGUGAAGAUGCAAAGAUCCGAAUCUGGAAAGUUCCAACCGGGGGACUGACAGAAGUCCUCUCCAAUCCUGAAAAAGUCCUCCAUGGUCACACAGAGAAAAUCUACUCCAUCAGAUUCCAUCCACUGGCAUCUGAUAUCUUAGCUUCAUCCUCCUAUGACAUGACUGUGAGAAUCUGGAACCUCAGCUCAGGGAAGGAAGAGAUUCUACUGAGGGGACACAGAGACCAGAUCUUCAGCCUGUCGUGGAGCCCUGAUGGACAGCAACUGGUGACGGUCAGCAAAGAUGGCCAAGUUCGAGUGUACCAGCCUCGGCGCUCGGCCUCUCCUGUCCAGGAAGGACCUGGUCCUGCCGGCAGUCGGGGGGCACGGAUCUUGUGGGUGAGCCACGGGCGCUAUCUGCUGGUAUCUGGCUUCAACAGCCUCAGUGAACGACAGAUCUACCUCUACAACGUGGGCUCGUUGUCAUCUGGACCAAUAGCAACAGCUGAUAUCGACGUAGCCCCUUCCACACUCAUUCCCUUCUAUGACGAAGACACCAGCACUCUCUAUCUCACUGGCAAGGGUGAUACCAGGGUCCACAUCUUCGAGGUUCAGUCUGAAGAUCCCUAUUUCCUGCCGUGCAGCAGCUUCAGUUCUGCCAAUCCACACAAGGGACUCUGCUUCCUCCCCAAGACUGAAUGCAGUGUGAGGGAGGUGGAGAUCGCACGAGCCUUGUGCCUGGGCCACAACUCCUUAGAGAGUGUGAUUUUCAAAGUUCCACGAGUCAAGAAAGAAUUUUUCCAGGAUGAUAUUUUCCCUGACACCACAAUAUGGUGGAGACCGGCACUCUCAGCCUCUGCCUGGCUGGCUGGUGCCAACGGGCAGCACAAGAAGAUGAGUCUGAAGCCUGACGACAUGACCCCAGUGAGUGCUGCACCGAAGGAGGCCCCCGUCAGAAAGUACCAGCCCUCCUCCUUCUACCUGGAGGAGAAAACAGAUGAGGAGAAAAAGGAAGAGCUGCUGAAUGCCAUGGUGUCGAAACUUGGGAACUUGGAUGAUCCUCUGCCUCAGGAUUCCUUUGAGGGUGUGGAUGAGGAGGAAUGGGAUGACUAGAUUUCAGCCAAAGACCUCUCUCCGGUACUUCAUCUCCUGACAGACCCACCAGUCGAUGGAGGAGCAGCUUCCCCUCUGAUCAAGUGCCAGUAUUCACAAGAUCAUUAAUGGGCAAGAGACCGUCUCCCUCACCCCUUGCUCACACUCGCCGUCCCCCUCACGUCUUGCUCACUUGCCAUUCUCCUCAACCCCCUCCUCGCUCACACUGCCCAUCUCCCCAAGGCUUCGCUUCGCACGACAACCCACGCAUCGCUCGCUGACACCAUUGCCCUCAUCCGUCCCUCGCACUCACAGUCAGAGGACCACCUGCACUGCACCUGCCUUAUCCCACACCACACUCAGUGUCUCCAGCCACCCUUGCUCACACUUCUUCUCCAUGUGACUUUUUACCAGGGUCAAUAUUUUGCAUUGUUGCUAGUUAUUUUAUUACCAAUCAGGAAUGCAUGUUUAUUAAAAAAUACUUCCAA